CUUUCUCAGGAAAUGGAGAAUUUCCUAGCUUAGAAACUGGAAGGCAAGAACGGAUAUUGGUAAUGUGGCCUGGAGGCGCGAACUAAAGGCUUUGGUGCUUUUAGUUAUGGAGGGGAAGUCAGCAAACCGCUCUAUGAAGCAUCACCACUCAGAAAGUUCUGAAACGGCUCUGGAACAGCCCUGGAUUUUGUAUCGGAGACUUUCCCCACUGCUUGUGCUGUGGGACGGUAUCUCCCAUGUGGGAGGGGCACCAAAAUGUUUGGAAAGGCAUUAAGGAUUAAGAAGGGGGAAACCCACAGGAUGCCACCGUUCAUAAUUCAAAAUGAAAGGAGUUGUAACCGCUUCCUUUGACUGGUUUCCUAAACCGGAAUGGAAAAACUUCAUGAAUCGCUGGAAGAUGUUUUGCUGUUCGCCCUAGAUGAUCUCUCUGGAGAAGAUUUCAAGAGAUUCAAGAAUAAACUCAGCUUCUCCUAUUUUGAGGAGAAGGACCCCAUCCCAUGGGGCAAGUUAAAGGAUGCCCACACACUGGACGUAUUGCGGCUCCUUUUGGAAACGUACGGAGAUCAGGGCGCGCAAGACGUCACCAUCCAAGUCCUACGCGCUAUCAACAUGCGAAAUUCCGCCUCCCGACUUCAAAAAUGGAGAUAUAAUGAUCGCAAGAAGAAAUAUAAGAGGCACAUCCGACAGGUUUUUCAAAAUCGUUCUCAACUGGGCCCGCAGCCCAAUCCAAAGGUGACCUUCCAAGAGACCUACGUAGACCUUCUUCUGAAGAGGAGACCAGCUCUGCCCAAAACAGGUCAUGAGAUUAUGGCUGUGGAAAGAAAGUACUGGGAGAUGAAGACCCAUCCAGAAGAUGGCCUGAACGUUGAUCUGGAGAAUUUAUUUCAUCCAGAUCCUGAAGGAGAAAACUCCAAAACUCUUUUGUUGCUUGGACCUUCUGGGGUAGGAAAAACCACAGCCACGUGGAAGUUUAUGUUGGACUGGGCAUCAGAUAAACUAUGGCAGACCAAGUUUGAUUACGUCUUUUAUAUCUCUUGUGAUGCGCUCCGCUGUGGCGCCAAGUUUAUGAGUGCAACGGACUUGAUCCUCAACAAUUGUCCUUCAGGAAUGGUUUCCAUGGAGGAUGUUUUGGCCAACCAAGACAACCUCCUCCUCAUUGUUGAUGGUUUGGAGGACCUGAAGCUCUCUGAUGUCUCAGUUGAUAUGCUGGACAAGGAUCCCCACCGAAGGCAAGAGGUGAUGAAGCUGUUGAUGGGUCUGCUCAAGAAAAAGAUCCUUCCGAAGUGUCAUCUCCUGGUGACCACAAGGCCCAUGGGUGUAAGCCCAAUGGUGAAGUAUCUGAGAUCACCACUCUUGGUAGAGGUGUUGGGUUUUCAUCCUGUGCACAGGAAGGAAUAUUUUCAUCACUUCUUUCAAAAUAUGGAACAAGCCAACCAGAUCUUUGAACUGAUUCAAAAAAAUGAAACUCUUUUCAGUCUGUGUUUUCUCCCUGCAACCUGUUGGGUCAUUGGCUCCAUUUUUCAACAAAACCCGCAGACAGAACUUCUUCAAGAUAUCCCAGAAACUGCAACACUCACCGAAAUUCACCUGCGUCUCCUCCUGAGUUUCUUGGGUACCUUUUCCAAGCAAGGUCACCUGGAAGACCUUUGCUCUUUAGCGAAAGAUGGGAUGAUCCACGGAACAAUGGUCUUCCAUGAAGAAGAGCUGAAGCAACGUGGCUUGGAUUACUUGACUUCAGACUCUUCUUCUGCAAAUAAGAAAGUUUUCCUCCAAGAUGUUCAGGUGGGAACUUUGUACAGGUUCACCCACUUGAGUUUUCAGGAGUUCUUUGCUGCCUUGUUCUACUUGCUGGACACUGAGGAGACCACCCGAACACCUUACCAAGACUUGAGUGAGAUAUUUGGUGAUAAGAAGGAGAGCAGCAACAGAUACCUCAUGUUAAUCCAUUUUCUCUACGGCUUGUCCAACGUGGAAAGGAUGAGUGUCCUUCAAGAAUCGUGGUCCUUCAAGAUAUCCACGACUAAGGUUCGGUCAGAAUUGCUAAGCUGGGUGGAUCAGAAAGCCAAGGCUCACUCCUUCAGAAGACAAGAGGAUCUGCUGGAAUUGUGUCAUUGUAUUUAUGAAAUGAAGGACAUCGUCUUUGCCCAGACAACAAUGAAGCAUAUCCACAAUAUGGAUCUCAGAACACAACUUCUGACCAAGCUGGACUUUGAAGCUUUAUCAUUUUGCCUGUCAGCUGCUGAAACUCUGAAUUCAGUUCAGCUCUCGGGCUAUGAGUUUGGCCUUCAAAGAUUUCAACAACUUUUACCAGGAUUCUUGAAAUCUUCAGAGAUCCAGUUGAACCGCUGUGGCCUCUCCCCCACUGCAUGCAAAGACUUGACACCCAUCGCAAUGACCAACACAAGGCUGACCAGUCUGGACCUGGGUGAGAAUCCCCUGGAGGAUCCCGGGGUCACCUAUUUGUGUGAAUGGUUUCUUCAGCCCACCUGCCAACUUCAAAGCCUCAGGCUGUACUCCUGCAAUCUCACAGCCGCUAUCUGCCAGCUCCUUUCACAGGUCCUGGAAUCCAGCCAUUCCCUUCUGGAGCUCAAUCUGGGGGCGAACCCCCUGGGUGAUGGGGGAGCAAAGCAGCUGUGCCAAGGGCUGAAGCACCCCUCUUCUGGGCUGCAGAGACUCAUUUUACACUCCUGUGGCAUGACAGCCCUUGCCUGUGAAGACCUGGCCUCUGUUUUGGAGACCAGCCAGACCCUCUUGGAGCUGAACCUGGGCGAUAACAGCCUGGGAGAUGAAGGAGUCAGGCAGCUAUGCCAGGGGUUGAGACAAAGGCACUGCAAGGUUCAAAAGUUGAUACUUACAAUGAAAUCGUUAAACCAAAACACGAAGUGGAAAUUGCGGGCAGCUUGUGCGAGGCAUCCUGGCUUAGUUCUGACUCCCUACUAUCCUCCGGAUUUCCCCCGCUUCCCAGGUGAUGAAGAGUAAAGGUGGAGUUCACACCUGCUUUCCUUGGGCCCCCUCAAGGAUUGGAAGGUUGGUGAGGUGGGUGGUAGAUCGGGAAACCUUCAAAGGCCAGCUCAGCUCAGCUCACCUUUUGCAUUACCUGUUGCAUCGCAGUCAUAUAUCUGAUUCACAUGCCUGGCUAUGAGGCUUAUGAUUGCCCUCUGGACUUAGAGCAAGUGGGACUUGGCCAUGUGGAAGAUUUUUUCAACUGGGAUCCCCAAAGGGGGGAUAAUCCCCAACUAGCAUGUCAGAAGAAUAUCCUGCUCCGGUUUGAACCGGGAUUGGCAUAAGAAUGAUACUGGAGUCACUGCUUGAAGAGGAAGAAGUAUAUUCAACAAAGAUGAUUAGCGAACUGGAGCUAAAACAUAUGAAGAACAGUUGCGGGAAUUGGGGAUGCCUAGUUCAGGGGUAGGCCUGCCCUUGGCUCUUUUAUGACUCGUGGACUUUGAUGAAAG